AUGAUAUUAGGAGAUGGUGAAAGUGGAAAAACAAGUAUUGCUAAACAACAAAUAGAAACAUCAGGAUUUACAUUUAAACAGCCAAAGAGUGACCAAGAAGUAUUGGAAGGUCAAAAUUGUUUUGUUAUUGUGGAUGGAAAGGAUGUGACUGUUAAAUUAUUGGAUUCACCACCAGGAAAUGAUAUUGGUUUAACCAUUGAAUGUGUUAAAGAUUGUGAUGGAUUUAUAUUGGUGGUUGAUUUGAGUCGUCCAAAAACGCUACAAGUUUUGAAUCGAUACAAGGCACUAAUGUUAGAAAAUUUAUCCAUGUCAACAAUUCCUUGUGUGAUUGCUGCUAAUAAGUGUGAUUUGGAAAGACAAUUAUCCAUGUCACAGGUUAAUGCAUUUGCCAAGAACUUUUUCAUUGAUAGAAGUAUUGCUAGUUUUGAAUGUAGUGCAUUGUCUGGUAGUGGUAUCAAUGACAUGUUUUCAUUCCUUUAUAAUCUUAUCAAGACUUCUCAGAAGGAAGAUAAACCAAUCAUCAAGGCAAAACAAAAACGUGGACUUCUUUCCUCUUCCUCAGAAUCAAAUGCUGAUGAAUGGUUUUAA